AUGGCGCUCCAGAAGGGUCAAUACCAUCCUGCGGGACCAGGCGACUUACGUUCUCCAUGCCCCUAUGUGGGACUCGGCUUGGACAUAGCCUCCACCCUCGUGAACCGUGUCUUUCAAGUUCACUCUGACGACCCCAAGAGCGGACCACGAGGAGGUUCGAGAGCCGGACUACGCGACCCAAAUCAAGUCAAUAAAGACGGCAUCCCUGUGCUCAACCUAGACCAAGUUGGCCGUCCUCAUGCUUUAGAGCAUGACGUCUCGAUCACUCGACAGGACCGCGAACUGGGCGACUGCAUCCACUUGGAUCCAGAACUAUGCCGGCGGUUUCUUCGAUCUGCGAAGGAAGGCAAGAUUCGCACCGCCGACAUGGGACGGUAUCGGAAGACGCGGUAUGAAGAGCAGCAGAAAGACAAUCCGGAUCUGCAGUUUGGGAAGUUCGAACACUACGUUGGAUGUGCGGAGUUGGCAGCUCUGCGGUGUGUGUUCGGGAAGGGUGUCACAAAGGGGAUUCCGGACGACUUUGUACGAGCUGUCUUUGGAGAAGAGCGUCUGCCGUACGAUGAAGGAUGGAGUCCACGGAGGUUUAAAGCGUUCUUUCCAGAGGCACUAGUGGUACUGUUAGUCAUUUCGCACUAUGCUUGGCCGUUUUGAUUUAAGUUGCUUGAUGUUAUGGGACGUAUGCUUUGUUAAUCGACACGCGAUGAUGAUGAUAUUUUGAAUGAACUUGCUAGAUAUUGUUUCUUCCAGAUGAAGUGUUGGUUUGAAUCCAGAUGUGGGUGAGAUGUGGGUGACAGAUUACAGUGCUUUCUAUU